AUGUCAAACAUUUUUGUAUUCAGAUUUCGCUUGUCAUCCGAAUUUGUAAUAAUCAUUUAAACUUUUUAAAGCUAAUUUAAAAACAAUGGCUUUACUAGAUUUAUGCCAUCUCAACGAAAAGAUUAAUUUAAAACCCGUUGAUUCUCUUGCUUCGUUUCAAAAUGAUGUUAUCGGGUACAGUCAAAACUUUAUGAACAGCGCUCAACUUGCGACUCCGCCGUUUGCUAAUCCGGUCCAAACUUUAGCACAGUUUAACUCAAAAGAUGAGACUGGACGAGACAUUAAAAUUGAGUUCGACCAUGGAACUACAACUUUGGGAUUCCGGUAUAAGGGAGGAGUUUUGCUGGCAGUGGAUUCCCGAGCUACUGGUGGUCAGUUCAUUGGUUCUCAGACCAUGAAAAAAAUUGUUGAAAUCAAUGACUACCUUUUGGGUACAUUGGCGGGUGGUGCUGCGGACUGUGUGUACUGGGAUCGUGUGCUCGCCAAGCAGUGUCGUUUGUACGAACUCCGUAACCGUGAGCGUAUCUCAGUGGCCGCGGCCAGCAAGCUUAUGUCCAACAUGGUGUAUAACUACAAAGGCAUGGGACUCAGUAUGGGUAUGAUGCUAGCUGGUUUUGAUAAGAGAGGCGCACAGCUGUAUUAUGUGGACAGUGAAGGUACAAGAACACCAGGAACUGUCUUCUCUGUGGGCUCAGGUUCUGUGUAUGCGUUCGGUGUACUUGACUCUGGCUACAAGUGGGAUCUUGAGGAUAAGGAAGCACAGGAGUUAGGUCGCCGCGCCAUCUACCACGCGACUCACCGCGACGCUUACUCUGGUGGCAUUAUCCGAGUGUAUCACAUUAGUGAGAAUGGCUGGGUCAACAUCUCCAAUGAGGAUUGCUCCGACUUGCAUUACAAAUAUCAAGCAGAAAAGGGACUGUCUGAUGAUUCUUUUUAAAUCCUUUAUUAUAAA